AUGGAGGGCAGACACUGGCUCAGCAUGAGGGAGGUCCUUUCACCAGAGGUGACUGUGCAUGUCAAGGGGGAGGACUUUUUCACCCUAAAAACCCAUCCCGUCCCAUUCACUCAGGAUGAAUUUCAGCAACUCAUGCUGACCCAUACUGAACUGGUUGGAGCACAUUUUCUGAAAACGUUUUUAAAAUCUAUGGUGAUUUUGAAAAAUAUGUCUUUGAUCUUGCAAAAGUCUUGCGAGGAGCUGGUGCAUAACAAGGACCUGAUGAGGCAUCUGAACGCCAGUGCCUUCCAUGUGGUUUUAACAGAUCCCGUCUACCCCUGCGGAGCAAAGCUGGCUCAGUACCUGUCGCUUCCUGCGGUGUUUUUGCGUGCCUUUCCGUGUUUCUUAGAGUUUGAGAGCACACAGUGCCCAAACUCUUCCUCAUGCAUUCCUAGGUUAUUAACAAGGAAUUCAGACCACAUGACAUUCCUGCAGAGGGUCAAGAACAUGCUCUACCCUCUGACUCUGAUGUACAGUGGGCACAUUUCUUUGUCUCCUUAUGCAAGGCUGGCUUCUGAGAUUCUGCAGAGAGAGGCGUCAUUGGUGGAUCUUUUUAGCUACGCAUCUGUGUGGCUGUUCAGAGGAGACUUUGUGCUGGACGACCCCAGGCCGAUCAUGCCCAACAUGAUCUUCAUUGGAGGCAUACACUGUGCCAACAGAAAGCCGUUAUCUUAG